AUGAGCUCCGCCUUCCUCAAGGGGAUGCAGGAGGCCAACAAGUUCCUGCCCAGUCAGGACAAGCUCGUCAUCGACCUGGAGGCCUCCUCUGGCCAGUUCUUCAAGGGCGUCGAGGAGGGCAACAAGUUCCUGCCCAGGGAGGACAAACUCGUUGUUGGAUUCAAUGGCCACGCAGCUCCUGCGUCGGCCCCAGCUGUGCUCAGCGUGAAAAAGGAGGAGGUGGUGGAUGCGGUCUCGGCCAACUCUGGUGGCGGCCGAGGUCGGAAGAACCCCUACCAUGAUGACGAGCUGGAGCAGGAGGGUGGCAGGAGCAGCAAGCAGAGUGCGCUGGGAGACGACGUCUCUGCACGGGAGAUGUUCGACAGGAUGCUGAUGCCCUCAGACGAGAUGUGCAUCGUGCAGAUGCAGAACCUGCGGAUCGCCAUGCAGGAGGCGGUGGCCAAGAAUGAUGGCGGCGGUGGGAAGGGGGCCAAUGGCAAGGGGAGGGGCCGGCGUGGUGGUUCCGAUGUGGUGGACCUGCGCACGCUGCUCAUCCAUUGCGCGCAGGCUGUUGCCACGGAUGACCGCCGGAGCGCUACAGAGCUGCUGAAGCAGAUCAAGCUGCAUGCUCGCCCUGAUGGCGAUGGGACUCAGCGCCUCGCUCAUUGCUUUGCAGAGGGCCUGCAGGCGCGGCUGGCGGGCACAGGUGGCCUCGUACACCAGUCGCUCAUGGCAACACGCAUCUCAGCUGUGGACAUGCUCAAAGCUUACCAGCUGUACAUGGCAGCCAUCUGUUUCAAGAAGGUGUCUUUCCUAUUCUCAAAUAGUACAAUCUAUAAUGCCUCCUUGGGGAAGAAGAAGAUACAUAUCAUCGAUUAUGGUAUACAAUAUGGGUUCCAGUGGCCGUGCUUUCUGCGACGGAUAUCAACAAGGCCUGGAGGGCCGCCAGAUGUAAGGAUCACUGGUAUCGAUCUCCCUCAGCCUGGGUUCCGGCCAAGAGAGCGGAUUGAAGAGACAGGGCGCAGGCUCAAGAAGUAUGCCAAUGAGUUUAAUGUGCCGUUCGAGUACCGGGCCAUCGCGACGGCAAAGAUGGAGUCGCUCCGCAAAGAGGAUUUGAAGAUUGAUCCUGAUGAGGUACUCAUUGUUAACUCCUUGUUUCAAUUCAAGAACUUGAUGGACGAGAGCGUUGUGCUUGAGAGCCCAAGGGAUGUUGUGCUCAAGAACAUCAGGAAGAUGCGGCCCCACACAUUCAUCCAUGCAAUCGUGAAUGGCUCAUUCAGUGCCCCAUUCUUCGUGACACGGUUUCGGGAGGUUCUGUUCUACUACUCAGCCCUUUUUGAUGUUCUGGACACAACCACCCCAAGGGAUAACGAACAGAGGAUGCUGAUUGAGCAGAACAUCCUUGGGCGUGCUGCCCUGAAUGUCAUUGCCUGUGAGGGUACAGAUAGGGUGGAGCGUCCUGAGACGUAUAAGCAAUGGCAGCUUUCAUACAGUCGUCGAGUUAUGGGUUCUCAACUGGGAUACCCAGAGAACGUAUCUGGUGAUACCUCUCAGAUGAACCGACACUGGAUGUACGCUGACCGACGCUCCUCCGACUACAUUGAGGGCCUGCAUAAUUUUCUCAAGGUGGCUGAGGCAAACAAGCAGAAUGGUUUUAUGUAUUGUCCAUGUACUGUCUGUGAGAAUACGAAGGAUUACUCUUCCUCGAGAACCCUUCACUUGCACCUGCUUGAAAAGGGUUUCAUGCCACACUAUAAUGUUUGGACCAAGCACGGAGAAAGAGGGAUUAUGAUGGAAGACAAUGAAGAAGAAGAGGAUGAUGCCAACUAUCCUAUGUUCCCUGAAUACGGUGAUACUUCAACGAGGGAAUCUGAAGAUCAAGAGGCAUCAGAUGUGCGUGAUGAUGAUCUUCGCCGGUUCAUUGCUGAUGCACAGAGAGAAUGUGAAAGUGAAAGGGAGAAGUUGAAGUUCGGUCGCAUGUUAGAGGAUCACAAAAAGGGUUAUACCCAAAUUGCGAAGAUGACAACACAAAGCUCGGGAUUUGGUUCGCUACUGAAAAUAAUGAAAAAGAAGUUUCCAAAGGAUAAUGAAUUGCCUGACAGCACGCACGAAGCAAAGAAGGUUCUAUGCCCUCUAGGAUUGGAGGUGCAGAAGAUACAUGCAUGCCCUAAUAAUUGCAUCCUCUACCGCGAUGAGUACGAGAAUUUGAACGUAUGCCUGGUAUGUAAUGCCUUGCGGUAUAAGAUCAGACAAGAUGACCCUGGUGAUGUUGAGGGCGAGCGCCCCAGGAAGAGGGUUCCUGCCAAGGUGAUGUGGUAUGCUCCUAUAAUACCACAGUUAAAACGUUUGUUCAGAAAUAAAGAGCAUACCAAGUUGAUGCGAUGGCACAGGAAGAUCGUAAGAAAGACGGGAAGUUGA